CACUCUCUGCCCUGCAGCCUUGACCCGCGAGUACAUACCAAGAUGUAUCGGGCCCCAACCUUUCCGAUCAUGAUCACCAUGAUCUGUCUGCUUCAACCUAUUUCCUCUCUUCCUGGCGGAGCAUCCGCACGGCCGCCGUACGGAUGGCGGCCGACGCUCAACGAGACCGCACUCAAGUCCCAUGCCCCAACUUGGGUCCCCGAGCCCGGAUACCGGGGAACUCUAACCAUCCUUCGCAAUUGUACGCUGAUGAUUGUUUUGGCUGUUUGUUCCGCGUUACACCUUAACGUUCCGGCUCAAGGAGAAGGUCGAUUUCCGUUCCGCAGGUAUCGACGCGGCGUAAAGUGGGCUGUCAUGGCCCUGAUCCUGCCCGAAGCCGUCCUCGUCUUUGCGUUCAUUCACUUGCACGAGGCGCUGCGGUUAUGUCACGACCUGGAGCGUCACAACGAACGUACGAGCGACGAACGGACGAGUGACGAACGGACGAGCGACGAACGACCGGGAAGCGCUGUUAUUGCAGCAGAACCCCCGCGAGCAACGUCACCCCCGAGUAGGAAAUCCAACGAGCUGUCUGAUAACGAUAACUCCAGCACCGAUGGCAGUGCAAGCGACGAACGACCGGGAAGCAUUGUUAUUGCAGCAGAACCUCCACGGGCAAUAUCACCCGCGAGUAGGAAAUCCAACGAGCUGUGUGGUAACGGUAACUCCAGCACCGAUGGCACUGCAAGCGCGAUAAAACCGCCGUUCCGUGUUCUGUGGAAGUCGGUACUCGGAUCCCUAAAAAAAUUCCCCCUAAAAUAUGGGUUCCAUGUCGGUAUGGGAGGAUUUGCAUUCGAUACGACGAAACUCGGGCGCGAAGACCAUCAGCGCCGACACGAUCAAGGACAAGAGCAAAGUCGAUAUCAUCGCCAAGGCACUAGUGAUCAUGCAAGCUUUCUGGAUGGUUGUUGAGGUUUGUGUCUCGUGUUGGCGUCUUUCCAUGUGCCGCUCGCUGAUGGUUGUUUGAAC